AUGAACAAAAGACAACGCCCCAAUGUCAAUGUCAAUUGUUCGACUCAUGGAGACGACCCAAGGGAAUGUCAGCCAACACAGCAGCAACAACCGGGUACAACAAUGAAUCCAGCCAUGGUCAUUCAAGAGACGACAAUUGCGUUCCAGCAUCUCAUUGACAAACAGCUCGACAUGCUCGAUCAGCGUGCAGCAGCCUAUGCUCAAAAGGCAAUGAUACGACAUGCUUUGGACGAUUGCAAGUUCAUGAUGGAUAAGGCACCUACGAGCCCAGUUGGGUUUUUACGCACCGGUGCCAUACACGCUAUGCAAGGUCGAUAUGCAGCAGCGAUCCAAGUCUAUGAACAAGGAAUGUCAUCCGCAUCAUCAGACACUCCUGGAUACGCACGCCUGGAAGAUGAAAAGAACAAAGCACAAGCUCUAUUGGAUACAACACGCGUCGACUUUAUUGCAACAUUGCCGUUGGAUGUGGUACAGCUUUUGGUGCCUUUAUUUUAUACGGGUCUAAUCCCUGGUGAUCAACACGAUUGUUUGGAUGUCUCAAAGACGUGGCGGGAGCGCAUAUGCUGUUGCACAGCAUUUCGUGUCAAUGCAUUACGAACAGUGAUGGCAUCUCGAUACACAAGGCAGCAGCAACAGCUUCAAGAUGCUCGUAUCCUCCAAGUUGCUCCCUAUAUUGUAUCCAUGCAUUUCAUCGACACUUUAUCUAUGCGGCAAAGAAAUCUGUACAUGAGUACGAUCAAGAAUGGAAGGUUCAUCAGGUUGCGAGAACUCUACCUCAAUGAUUGUGACAUAACCGAUCCUGAUCUAUUCCUUGCAGCACUCAAGCGAGUGGGACACACAUCACUAAAGAAGCUGCGCUUUCAAGAUGAGAAAUGGGGAACAGAGCUACCGUUGGUCAAGGUGAUUAGCUGUUGCACAGAACUUGAAGAGCUGGAAUAUCAUGGCGAAUGUAUCCUGUAUGAAGACGCAGCAGCAUUUCCGACACCAAGCAAGAUACGCAUUCUUAAGCUACGACCCUAUGAUGAGGAUAUUGAAUACGAUGCUCUCAAAAUGAUCCUUGAAAGGUGCCCUGCGCUCACUUGUUUUGUGCUACAUCAAUGUGUGUCUCCCGAAUUGCUGGAUCUCGUUCGACAACAGCGUCCUCAGCUACAACAUUUGACAUUCAAUGACGUGCUCUACAGCCUCGAAUGCAGUCCACAUGAUACAAGUAUGAAGAGUUCAGGAUUGACAUUUUUGCAAGUGGGCAACAUUAUGGAAUCGGAUUUGGGUCCUUUGGAACGAUGCUUUGAACAAUGGGCUACCACGCUUGAAAAGCUCUUUCUUCAUAUGGGCGAAGACAUUUACUUAAGGAAUCACCAAUUACUCACCGGCAAUACGAUCCUCAGCAAAUUGGAAUCCAUCGAGAGUUUCUAUUUCGAUCAUGUGGGCGACUACAUUGUGGCAUCCAUCAUUCGCAGUGCUCCCAAUCUAAAGACAGUGGGCUUUUUCGAAUCGGGUCAUAUCACCUACGAGGUCUUUGAAGCUCUCUACAAGCUACGUCAUUUACAGGUGCUCUUUCUCGGUGAUUGUAUUGUGGAUGAUAUGGAUGGAUGGUUACGGUUUUUACGUAUGCACGGCGAAUUGGGCGAGCGAUCAACAUUGAAGGAGCUUGGCAUUGGAAAAAACGCAUCACCAAGAGCAUUGGAGGCAAUAGGGAAGAUGCGAUCCUUGGAAAGUUUGGAUAUGACGAGAACAGCACCCGAAGCAGAAUUAUGCUCGUGGAGUCUUUUGGUGUUGGCGAGAGAACUUCAAACAUUUCCUCAUUUUACCCGUUUCAUGGCUCGUGAAGAUAGCUUGGUGGACGACAGAGCGCUCAAGGAAAUUGCAAAGAUACCCACACUCCAAUGCUUAGAGCUAUGGUUCCUGAGUCAGAUUACAGAUGAAGGCGUCGUCGCAUUGGCCAAUUGUUCUCAACUUCAAAAACUUGUGGUGUUCGACUGUGGCAGAGUAACACCAGCAGUGGUGCAUCUUGUUAGGCAACAGCUGGGAAUAUCAUCCAAUCAAGACUAA